AUGGAGCCGUUGUUCAAUUUACGACCUACUAUAAAGAAAGUAUCUUUAUUUUUGGAACAGAGUUAUUCAGAAGAGGAGUACGAGAUACUGGAAGAACAUUUGAGCAUUGAUAAUUUCAGAAAUAACAAAUCAGUAAAUGCCGAGGAAGAUAAAGACAUAGGAGUGAUUAGCAACCCUGAAGGAAGCUUCAUAAGAAAAGGUGUUGUUGGAGGAUGGAGGCCAUACUUUGAUGAUGAACUAAAUGCCGAAGCUGAUAGGUGGAUAGAAGAGAAUUUGAAUACUUUUGAUUUAAGGUUUCCUAGUAAAUGA